ACCCUUUGUUUACGUGGAAGGAGAGACGGUCGUGCUUCCGGGUUUUAUUUCUGCAGAUGUCAGACCAGUUUUAAAGAUAUGGCUACGGUACCAGCCCAGUCUCUCAGGGUGUCUGAAAUUAAAGACCCCACCGUUUUGUUUGAUCGAUACAGCACUGAUGAGAUUCGUGCUAUCGAGAGGAAAGUGCGGGGAGAGAUCGAGCAGAAGAAGGAAGAACUUCGACAGAUGGUCGGUGAACGAUAUCGGGAUCUAAUCGAUGCGGCUGACACGAUCGGUGAGAUGAGACAGUGCUCGGAAAGUGUGGUUCAGUCCAUUCAGGACAUGUACCGGUACUGCAAUAAACUUAAACAGACAAAAACAACCCCUCAGUCCAGCGGAAAGGCAGAGCAGGGUCAGAAGCAAUCCCAAGAAAAAUUUUACACUAUGGCAUCACAAAUUAAACUACUACUGGAAAUCCCUGAGCGGAUUUGGAGCUCCAUGGAGUCGUCGCAAUACCUGCAAGCCACGCAACUGUACCUGCUGUGCUGUCACCUUCACAGUCAACUACACUUGGAGGGCGGAGGUCAUCAUUACAGUCCCGUUCUCGCUCGCUUCCCCAUCCUGGUGCGCCAAGUAGCAGCUUCCGGUCACUUCAGGUCUACGAUCUUAUUGGAGAGUAAGUCUGUGCUACGCGGCAGGGCAGUGUCGGAUCAGGCGAUCGCUGAAGCGUUGGUCUCCACCAUGCUCCUGGAGGACAGCUCUCCUCGCCAGGCGCUCGCCGACUUCCUGCUGGCUAGGAAAGCAUCCAUUCAGCAGCUGCUUAAUCAGCCUCAGCAUGGUGCUGGUGUUAAAGCACAGGUUUGUUCUUUGGUGGAGCUGCUGGUCACCACUCUAUACCAGGCUUAUGCUGUGUUUUACGUUCCACCCGAUGGCCAAAUAUCUGACACUGGAUUGGGCUGUGGCCUGCUUUUUAGCACUUUGGAGAAUGUGACCUCUAACACUACUGGUGAGAGUAAUCGAAAUUUUGUUCACACUCAACCAAUAAACCAUCAUCCAACAUUUUUCAUUUUCUAUGAUGCAGGAAAAGAAAAGAAGGUUCUGGACAAUGAGGUGAGUCCAGGGAGCUGGUUUAAACACCUCCCUUCUUCGGUAAUGAACUUCCAGCCUACUCUUCGAACGCUAGCACAGCCAAUACAGAGAGAGCAGCUCAGAGACACACUACAGCAGUGGAUUGAUACCUGUAAGGAGGAUAUCCGCAGUGGGGUUAGCAGCCUGCUGGUCUAUGUGAAGAGUCUGAAGGGUCUGGCUGCCAUUCGAGAUGCUGUGUGGGAACUUCUCAGCAGUGAAUCCAUCAGUCAGCACUGGAACACAGUGUGCCAGAGCCUCCUGGAGCGACCUCUGGCCCUGUGGGAUGACCUUUUGCAGCAGCUGUUUCUGCAGAGACUUCAGGCCAUCACACGGGAGGGCACAGAGGAGAUCGCUAGCAGCUCAAGACAGCUUUUGUCCUCAGCUCUGCGGGAUCUCCACAGCCAGGUUUCGGCUGGAAGUUUCAGCAGGGGUGCACAGUACGAGAGCGACGUCGCUGCUUUCCUGUGGUCCGAGUCUCAAGGGGACCUGCUUAGUGACGCAGCCUGGGUAAGCGUCUCCCAACGUAGCCCGCAGCAGAAGAGCGGCCUGUCCAUGAAGACACAGGCCAUCACCCCCUGCGUCCAAUCGUUCUGCUCCGCUCUGGACUCUAAACUCAAAGCCAAACUAGAUGAUCUGCAGCACUACUUACCCUCUGAAAACAACAACAAUAAGGAACUAUCGGAGAUAGUCCCGCCGACGACCACCUCUCCCAUUAACCGCUUUAUGGAUGCUGGAGCGGUGGAGGAGAUUCUGAGAGAUCACUGCCUGGCCUGUGUGAAAGACACCCUAGCUAGUGUGCGCUCUGAGCUGGCAAAUGGCCAGGCGAAGGCCGCCGGCCCCAGUCAAUUAGGUUCAGUGCUAUUCAUGGCCAGGCUGUGCCAGUCGAUGGCCGAGCUGUGCCCUAGUUUAAAACAAUCCAUUCUGGGAAAACAAGGGGGUGUGGAUUUUGUCAGCAGAGGCACGCCACGACAGGGCAAGAAGUUGGGCAAAGGCAGCACGGCCAGGGCAUCCGAGGUCAGCCCGGCUCUGGCCAAGUGGACCAGCCUGAAAGAGGAACUUUUGUCUUGUAGCAUGGAGGCGUAUGGGAUCUGGAGCUCUGCACUCACUAAGGCACUUGUGGGUAACUUUGCGGCAACCCUGCAUGCCAGAACUGCCGGCUCCAUCCUGGGUACUGCAACAAACUGGGAGGAGCUUGAAAUACAGGAGGAGACGGAGUCAGGAAACAGUGUAAUGUCUAAAAUACGCCUCCCUGCACAGCCAUCAUGGUAUGUCCAGUCUUUACUCUUCCAUCUGUGCCUUGAGGUCAACCGGGUCGGAGGUCAUGCAUUACCAAAGGUCACUCUAAUGGACAUCUUGCGGGGAUGUCUGGAUCAGGUACUGAGCGAGUAUGAAAAACUCACUCAGAAGACACAGAGCAAGGAUGAAGCCUUCCCCAUGACCCAGAACAGAGCUUUACAGUUGCUGUUCGACCUCCGGUAUGUCAGUGUCACUUUAGGUGGACGUCUCGAUGAGGGCAGGACUUCCAGAUCACAGCAAGACCCAAGGAUCCAGCAGGUCUGUGACUCCCUGGAAGGUCACAUUGAUCCAUUCGACUUGGAUGUUUUCACUCCACAUCUGAACAGCAACCUGAACCGAGUCUCACAAAGAACUUCUGUUCUUCUAGGAUUGUUGUCUGGCACAGAGAAACAGUUCACCACUAGGACUAACAAUAUCAACUCUCAGGAACCAUACAACAUCCUUCCAUUGGCCAGCAGCCAAAUCAGAUUUGGCUUGCUGCCGUUAAGUAUGACGAACACUCGGAAAGCCAAAUCAGCCACACAUGGAGCAGACAUCACUAGACUGUUUUACGUGGCAGAGAAGUAGCAGAAGAGCUACAGGAUCUCAAGACAACGGGCGGCUCCUUCUGCUUCAGCUCCAGAGGACAGCUUUCGGCCAGGAAAUCUUUUUAGGCAGUUAGCCAAUCAAGAAGAGGAAUCUGCAGCCCCCUCUCUCUUCAAAUUAGGCUGGCUUUCUGGCAUGGCCAAAUAAACUUUUAGUUGUAAUAUUAAUAUUUUUUAUUUUUAAAUGCAUAAAAAGCUCUGUAAUAUAAUAUAAAGUACAUUUUGAAAUGUGAAA